AUUGAUUGUUAUUAGGGUAAAUAAAAGUAACAAAACCACUCUCCCAAAUUCCGCCGGUGCUGACCGUUGCUCCUCCGACCACCGGAGACCUCUGUUCGAAAACCCUAGAUCUCCGUAUUCGAGUUAAUUCUCAUUCAAGAUGGAAGACAAUUCGGAUAAAAGCGAAGAACUUCUCGAGGAUGACGGUGGCGAUCACGAGAUCAACAAUGAGCAAGUAUUCGGACUGGAAACCGCGUCACUAUUCGGGAUCGAAGGUGACGACGACAUGGAAAACGACAGUGAGCUAGUCCUCGAUAUUGAAACCGAUGAUCAUGAAAACGACAGCGAGCAAAUUCUCGAGUUUGAAAACAAUGAUCUUGACGAUAAAGACCAAAUGCUGGAGUUCGGAUCCAAAGGUCACGAUUCAACAACUAUCCAAUUGCUCGAGAUCGAAACUAAUAAUCAAGAAAAACACAAUCUUCCACCGGUUGUCGGAAUGGAAUUCGAUUCUUAUGAAGACGCUUAUAAAUUCUAUAAUUUAUACGCUAUAGCAGUUGGAUUCGCCAUUAGAGUAAAAUCUUCGUGGACUAAACGAAACAGUAAAGAAAAACGUGGUGCGGUUCUUUGUUGCAAUUGUGAGGGUUUCAAGACGUUAAAAGAAGCAAGUAGUAGAAGAAAAGAAACCAGAACCGGUUGUUUGGCAAUGAUUAGGUUAAAGUUAACGGAUUCAAAUCGAUGGCGGGUGGAUGAAGUUAAACUUGAUCACAAUCACUCCUUCGAUCCUGAACGCGCCCAAACCGCUAAAUCACACAAAAAAACGGAAUCCAGAUUAAAGCGGAAAUCGGAGACUAACGCUGAUGUGGAGGUGCGAACAAUAAAGCUGUACCGAACACCGGUUGUAGAUAAUGUAUAUUACGGAAGCUCAAGUGAAAGGGACUUGGAUAACGAUCUUGCGAAAAAUAAACGUUUAAAUCUAAACAAAGAGGACGUACAGGUGAUCAAUAAUUACUUUUGUCGGGCUCAGUUAAUAAGCCCAAAUUUCUUUUACAUAAUGGAUUUUACGGAUGAUGGUUUUGUAAGAAACGUCUUUUGGAUCGAUUCACGGGCCCGGGCUUCAUAUGGGCAUUUUGGAGAUGUGGUGGCGCUCGAUACAACGUGUGUGAAGAACGGUUAUAAAGUCCCGUUAGUGGUGUUUGUUGGGGUCAAUCACCAUGGUCAAACUAUUUCGCUCGGUUAUGGUUUAGUAGCUGACGAAAGUCAAGAAACGUAUAACUGGUUGUUGAGAGCAUGGUUGACGUGUAUGGCGGGCCGACCUCCGCAAACGUUAAUAACCGAUCAGUGUACAGCGUUGCAAAGUGUGAUUUCCGAGAUCUUCCCGCGGGCCCACCAUCGUUUUUGUUUGCCUCUUGUUAUCGAAAGCAUCUUUCAAAACUCGGGAAUUUUGGAUUCUGAAGUGUUUCGGACGGUCUUUAAUAACGUAAUUUACGAGACAAUAAAAGUCGACGAGUUUGAAUUAGCUUGGGAUGAGAUGAUCCAACGGUUCGAGAUCCGAGACAACGAUUAUCUACAUAGAUUGUAUGAAGAUCGAGAACGGUGGGUCCCGGUAUACUUAAAAGACACGUUUUUCGCGGGAAUGUUUUCGUUUCAACCCGAUGAGUCCAUGGUUCCUUUCUUUCACGGGUACGUCCACCAACAAACUUCGUUAAAAGAAUUUUUCGAGAUGCAUGAUUUAGUAUUUCAAAACAAGAUUCAAAAAGAAGCGUUUGAUGAUAUCGAGUCAAAAGAGUCAAACCCGAAGCCGAGAACAAUGUGCACGUUUGAAUCACAACUUUCCAAACUAUACACCAAAGAAAUAUUCUCACUUUUCCAAUACGAAGUCGAGAUGAUGUCACAUUGUUUUCACAUAUCACAAACAAACACUACCGGAUCAAUCGUUACAUACACGAUAAGCGAACAAGAAACCAAAGGAAACAUCAUAAGAAGUCUAGAAGUAAUGUAUGAUAAAAUAGGAACCGAGGUCCGAUGCAUAUGCAGUUGUUAUAACUUUAGAGGCUAUUUAUGUAGACACGCGUUAUGUGUUCUUAAUCAUAACGGCAUAGAUGAAAUCCCGAGUCAAUACAUUUUGUCUAGAUGGAGAAAAGAUUUCAAACGGAUGUAUGUACCGGAUCUCGGCUCAAACAAUGUUGAUGUUACAAACCCGGUUCAACGGUUUGAGCAUUUGCAUAAACGGGCGUUACAAGUUGUCGAGGAAGGUAUGACCUCGUUAGAACAUUAUACAGUCGCGUGGCAAGCGUUUAAAGAGUCCUUGAACAAGGUUCGUUUGGUAGCGGAUAAAAAUGUUGAAUAAUUGAUUUUAGUAAAGAUGCAAUUGUAUAUAUUUAGUUACAGUUUAUACUUUUUAUAGUCUUUUUGUGUGUUGUUGGUACUUAAUGUGAUUAUAUGUAUAUGUCAGGAAUUAAGUUAACUCAUUUAGAGCAUUCUCA